AUGCCUCUCAACUUCAGCUCCAGACAGAAGCGCGGCGAGUACCAUGACGGGAAAGCGCAAAGUACCGGAAGAGUCAACACGUUCGGCCAGGUCGCCAUACAAUUCCACAGGAACACGACGCAUCUGAAGUACUGGUUCGACAAGCUCCAAAAAGAUUCCGCGGCAUGCCGACCGCCGGGAUGCGCAAAACCGCGAAGAGGCAGCACGACUUUGGUGGAUGAGUUCAUCAGCGACAAGACGAGCAGCAUCAGCGCACCGCGGCUGAACAUCGCGAUACAUAUCUGCGGGUCUCGCGGCGAUGUGCAGCCUUUCAUUCCGAUCGCGAAGCUGCUCCAGGCUGCGCCACAUCACCACCGAGUGCGCAUCUGCACGCAUCCGGCCUUCAAGGACUUUGUGGAAAGCAACGGGGUGGAGUUCUUCUCCAUCGGAGGCGACCCCGAAGCACUCAUGGCUUACAUGGUGAAGAACCCAGGGCUACUACCAAACAUGCAGUCCAUCAAAGCCGGCGAGAUUGGCAAGCGACGAAAAGAGAUGGCCGAGAUGAUGGAGGGGACCUGGAGAAGUUGCAUUGAGGCGGGUGAUGGCAUGGGCGAGAGAGUCUCAGCAUUGGACGUAGACGCGCCUGAGGAUUUGUUCAUCGCAGAUGCGAUUAUUGCCAACCCUCCGUCCAUGGGCCACAUUCAUUGCGCGGAGAAGCUUGGCAUUCCGCUGCACAUGGUCUUCACCAUGCCAUGGUCGCCAACAAAGGCUUUCCACCACCCCCUAGCGGCCAUGGAAUAUGGCGAAGUUGAGAGGUCGGUCGCGAACUACUUCAGCUUCGGCAUCAUGGAGCUGCUCACUUGGCAGGGCCUAGGCGAUGUCAUCAACAAGUUCAGGACGCAGACCUUGCACCUAGACGCUAUCAGUCCACUCUGGGGUCAUCUCUUGCUUUCGAGACUUCGCGUCCCGUAUAGCUACCUAUGGUCACAGGCUUUGAUCCCGCGGCCAGCUGACUGGGACUCACACAUCAGCAUUACCGGUUUCUCGUUCCUGGAUGCCGGGUCGAAUUACACGCCGCCGGUCGACCUGGCUGAGUUUCUUGCGAAAGGUCCUCCUCCGGUGUACAUUGGUUUUGGCAGCAUAGUGGUAGAUGAUUCAGUGGCUCUCACCAAGCUCAUCUUUGACGCUGUGAAGCUAGCAAAGGUCAGAGCGAUCGUCUCGAAGGGCUGGGGCGGCGUGGGUGCGGGUGAUGUGCCGGAUGAUGUGUACCUCAUCGGCAAUUGUCCGCACGACUGGCUCUUCCAACGGGUCUCUUGUGUAGUCCAUCACGGGGGCGCGGGUACGACGGCUGCCGGUAUUGCCUUGGGUAGGCCUACGGUUGUUGUGCCCUUCUUCGGUGACCAACCCUUCUGGGGACAGAUGAUCGCAAAAGCUGGAGCUGGUCCAAUGCCCGUUCCCUUCAAACAGAUGACUGCCGAGAGCCUUGCGACGAGCAUUACCUUUGCGCUCCAAGAUUCGGUCAAGGUCGCUGUUCAGAAGAUGGCCGAGAGUAUCGCAGAGGAAGACGGCGCUGGCGAUACUGUGCGCGACUUCCAGCACAAGCUGGGCAUCGAUGGAAUGCGAUGCCAUAUCUGCCCAGAUCGCCUCGCUAUAUGGCGAGACAAAGAGACUGGCGCACAUCUCAGUGGCUUCGCAGCCUCCGUGCUUGUCCAAGAAAGGCUGUUGGAUUUGAAGCAUCUACGUUUGUUGCAACAUCGGCAUUACUACACCCAUGAAGGCGCUGAAGGGCCAUUAACCGGUGUCGUCGCUGCUUUCGGAGGACUCAUGUCCUCUUUGGGUACCGAUACAGCUGAGUUCUCGCAGCGGCUGAAGAAGAGACCACGCGAAACUGAGGCCGACGUCGAAGCCUUGAGACGAGUACCAACCGUUGAUGAGCCCGACCUGGAGAAGGGCAUCACAUCCAAACACUUCCACCACCUGGCGUACAGAAUGGCAGCGAAGUCAUGCGAUGACGACUACACGCACAAUUUCGAGAAGCCGCAGAACCGCCCGGGCAUAUCAGCUCUCCGCGAGAAGAUUGCUGCGAGGCGAGCAAGAGGCGGCCGUGGCUACCAAAUCACAAGCGCAACCGCACAUUACGUCGGUGAUCUCGCGGCUACAGGAGCCAAAACCCCAGUCGCCUUCUUCUACAACAUCGCAAACGGCUUCCGGAACCUACCCUCAUACGCAAUCCACAACGACCCCGCGCGACAACGAGACGAAAUCACUGGUUUCGGCAGCGGCUGCAAGCUCGCCGGCAAAGAAUUCGUGCUCGGCCUCAGCGACGCACUUGUAGGCAUCGUCCGCCACCCCUAUCUCGGCGCGAAACAAGAAGGCGCCAUGGGCUUUGGCAAAGGAAUUGGGCGAGGUCUAGCUGGGCUAUAUCUCCAUUUGGGAGCCGGUAAUGUGCCGGAGGGACACAACAUCCAGCGUGCGAUGGAGUCAAUAGACUUGAAGCGCGCAGCAUGGCAGAUCGCGCUAUCUGCAGCGACUGCCGCCAUUGCUGUCUUCAUGUUCAAGUUGGUGAAGAUGCGCAUGAUCUUCUACAGGCUCAAAAAGCAGGGCAUGCCAAUUCCAGCAUGGGACUUCGCAACCGGAAAUAUGAGAGUAAUACCAGGCCUUCUCAAGCAAUUCCCAGAAAACUCGCAGCAAUCCGACGCCUUUACAUUGCUCUCAAACUCCUUCCCCGACUCCGACAACUGCUUCUACGUCGAUCUCUGGCCAUUCACCAGUCCGCUCAUGAUCGUCACGUCACCCGAGAUGGCAAUGCAAGCGUGUCAAGAACACGAUCUGCCCAAGCCGCCCAUUCUGAUUCCGUUCUUUGCGCCGUUUGCGGGAGGCGCGAAUCUUUUCGAUAUGAACGGCGCGGAGUGGAAGAGGUCGAGGGCGCUGUUUAACCCGGGGUUUAGUGAUAGGGUUAUGAUGGAGAGUACGUCGCAUAUUAUUGAGGAAGCUGAGGUCUAUGUGGGGUUGCUAAGAGAGCAUGCGAAGAAGGGGGAUACGUUUUCUUUGGAUCGAUUGACUUGUGAUUAUAUGAUGGAUCUCAUCGGCGUCAUCACCAUCAACGCACGUCUCCACUCCAUGACCAGCCAUAACGCCCUUGCAGCAGCGAUGCGUAGCUCCAUAGAAUGGAAUUGCCGGGACCAGGAGAUGAAUCCGUUCAAGCGCUGGAACCCGUACCGCCCCUGGAUCGAAUGGCGAAACGGCAAAACGAUGGAUCGCUACAUCAGCACGGAGCUCGACAAGCGAUACGAAGAUUGGCGUAGCAACAAGCCGUCCACCCGCGCCAAGUCUGUCAUGGAUAUCACCAUAGCCGCGUACAUGGGCGAGCGAAAAGGAGCGGCCAAGCUCGACCCUGAGUUCAAGCGGUGGGCGACCGUUCAGAUUCGACUGUUCUUGUUCGCGGGACAUGAUUCGACGGCCGCUACUAUUGUAUACAGUCUCUACAUGCUAUCCAAACACCCAGAAGCCCUGGCCAAAGCCCGUGCAGAGCUCGACGAGGUGUUUGGCGCAGGCAACGACACAGCCGCCGGCGUGCUGAAGAAGCAUCCAGAGCAGAUCAAUAAGCUGCCUUACAUGAACGCGGUAGUCAAGGAGACUCUCCGCCUCUUCCCACCCGCCUCAGGCAUGCGAGGCGGUCUCCCCGGCGUCUUCCUCCGCGACAAAAACGGAAACAAAUACCCCACCGAAGAUAUCAACAUCUGGGUCGUCCACGGCGCGAUCCAACGGAACCCGCACUACUGGCCCGAGCCUCACGCCUUUUUACCCGAGCGCUGGCUCGUCGAGCCCGGCCAUGCUUUAUACCCACCUAAAGGAGGGUGGCGCCCGUUUGAAUUUGGCCCGAGGAAUUGCGUGGGGCAGACGCUGGCGAUGCUGGAUAUCAAGAUCACGCUGGCUAUGACGGUUCGUGAGUUUGAUGUAAAGGAUAUGUAUGAGGAGUGGGAUCGACUAAACCCUUCGAAUGGGAUUAAGACGGUAUUUGGUGAGAGGGCGUAUCAAGUACCGCAGGGGGCUGCGCAUCCGGUGGAUGGGUUUCCUUGUAAGUCACCGUCACACCACCCCCCGAUCGAGAUGCUGGGCUUCCGUCCGCUAUCCGUGGGCAAGCGGAAAGCCAAGUCGUACAACCAGGCGGCGACCCACGAGCGCGAUGUCGAGGACGGCGAAGUCAACGAGAAGGCCUACCAAAGCGACGACUACGAGGCCUACAUGUCCUCGGGCACCACGAGCCCAUCCUCAUCCCGGGAAUCCUCGGGCGCAUACGACCCGAACCCGAACAAUAUCGAAUCGAGACCGCUGCGACGGUCCUCCAAAUCCCACCGGAGAGCCCCUUCGAAAGCCACCGUCAGCGCAUACAGCUAUAGGAACCCGCGAGCAUGCACGAGAUACUUCGGGCUGGCCGUGGCGAGUACGCUGCUCUUCUUCAUGUACUUCCUCUUCAGCAGCAGCUGGGCCUCGAUACGGAAUGCAGAGCUCGGCCUGAACAAGCCGCCGCCGCCGCCCAACGUCUGGGAGAGCUUCCCGUUCCUGAAGCGGUACCACGGCGGCGUGCGGUCGCUGGUGAGCCGCGAGAAGAACGUGCCCGAAUACCCCACCAAGCAGGACAUUGACCCUGAGCUGCCCGCGGAGGAGCCUAAGAGCGACGUCGAGAAGCGACAGUCGCAGGGCGCACACAUUGCCGAAUCAAUACCGUUCGACCCGUACCCAGACUACAGCGGCGUCAACUACGUGGACACAUACGGGCCGGUCGAGACGUGCUAUCUCGAUGCGAACGACACCAUCAAGGUGCCAGGGCUGCGGGCAUACAAGGGCGUACCCCAGGGGAUGCCGGAUAACGUCAUUGGGAGCUACGAGACACUGGGUCUGAGGGACGAUGUCUGUUUUGAGCGCUUCGGACGCCUCGGUCCGUAUGGCCUCGGCUACAGCAAGCGGCGCGGUGGGACGGGCGCCGGCAUGGAGGGCGACCGCGAAGGCAUCGAGGACGUGUGGAAGGUGGACGCCGAGGUAGACUUCCGCGACGUCAGCUGGGCGGAGGCAAUCGACCGCUGCCUGGAGAAGAACAAGGGCCGCUUCCAGAAGCAACCCAAGUCCCGGACAGACUCAUUUACCAUGCAGAAACGCGAUGCUGAAGACGCUCCUGCAAACGCCACCGUGCUACAACCAAAGGCGGCACACAAUACGCUUCUCCCCAGGACCGCAGUCCUCGUCCGAACAUGGGACGACUACAGCUACGACGACGAAGACAUCAUGUACCUCCGCGCACUCGUCUCCGAGUUGAGCCUCGCGUCCGGCGGCGAAUACGAAGUCCACUUCUUGAUCCAAGUCCACGACGACAACAAGCAGAUCUGGGCCGACGAGGCGAUCCACCAGGAAGUCCUCAAGAACGCGCUACCUGCUGAGUUCGCCGGCAUGGGCACGCUCUGGUCGGAACGUCAGAUGGGCUUGAUCUACGGCGGUCUAGAGGAGUCCAACUACCGCGGGCUGCCUGUACACGGCGUCUAUCGCUCCACCUUCAUGCCCGUCACCUACUUUGCCCACCAGCACCCCGAGUUCGACUUCUUCUGGCACUGGGAGAUGGACGUUCGGUAUACUGGCCACCACUACCACCUCUUCGAACAGGUCUCCAAGUGGACGACUGCCCAGCCGCGCAAAGGACUUUGGGAGCGCGACGCCCGGUUCUACGUCCCAUCCGUCCACGGCACCUGGGAAGAGUUCAAGCAGAUGGUGCACUGGCAAACCCAGCACGGCACAAACAACCAAGCGAACAAAUGGUCCUCGCAUCUGCCCCCCAACCCCCACGUCCCCCUCGCCGAAAUGCAAAAGCCCGAGAAGCCAGUCUGGGGCCCAGAACUCCCGCAAGACUACCCCGACAUCGAAAUCGACGACUCCGUAAAACCAAACACCACCAUCACAGAAGACAAGUACGAGUGGGGCGUUGGCGAACCCGCCGACCUCAUCGUCUUCAACCCCCUCUUCGACCCCGACCACACCAACUGGAUCCUCGCCGACGACGUCACAGGCUUCGAUAAGAAAAACGGCUUGCCACCACGACGGACUGCGAUCAACACCUCUGGCCGCCUCUCCCGCCGCCUCCUCGAAACCAUGCACCGCGAACAGUCGCGCCACCGGCAUACCAUGUUCUCCGAAAUGUGGCCCGCGUCCUGCGCUCUGCACCACGGCCUCAAAGCCGUUUACGCCCCUCAUCCCGUGUUCAUAGACCGCAAAUGGCCGACACAGUACCUCGCCGCUAUCUUCAACAACGGCCGCAAUGGCGCGAGCGGCGGUGCACGCAUGUCUGUUUUUAGCGAUGAGCGUCAACAUAACUUUUUGGGUACGACUUGGUACUAUCACGCUGGCUUUGCUCCUAAUCUGUGGAAGAGGUGGAUGGGGUAUAAGGUUGAUAAUGAUGGUGGUGAGGAAUACGAGGUUGCGGGUGAAGGGAGGAUGUGUUUGCCUGCUGUGUUGUUGCAUCCGGUUAAGCAGGUUGAUUUGGUGCAGGAGAAGGAGAGGGUUGAGGAGGGGGGGAAGGUGGAGUGA